ACGUCAUCAGUACGUGUACGUCAUCAACACUCGCCAAGUUCCGCAUGGAGUUCGGCUCUGCUAUUCUGAUGACUUUUUGAUACGUUUACUUUUUCGAUAAACUUUUGAAUACUCAUUAGUUGAUUAAUUUACUUUUUUAAACGGCAGUUUUAAUGUUUUACCCGCCGUUUUGUCGCUAACUUGUCGCCGCCGACUGGCUAACUAACCACAAUGUGGUCGACGAAGGUCGGCUGUUCGGCGUUACCUCGAUCCAGAUUUAGCAGAGCCUUAGCCGGACAUGUUUAUUUCUCCGUCUCCUCCGCUCGUCUCGGUCCGACUUCAGCCUCCGCGGAAGAACUUCCUGUCAUCCGUGUUCCACGUUCAGUGCAGAAGCGCGUCGAGAACCCGAAGCAGACCCGGGCCAAGACCCAUGUGAACACCGUCAAAGCUGGUAAGCUCCUCAUUCAGGCCAAGAACGCCAGCUUGAAUCAAUCUGUCGGAUACAUCCACGGCAAGUUUGAGCUACCUCCACUGUGCUCCAAAGGAUGGAAGCACAGCAAGUCUUACGGGGAUUAUUUUGCCAUAAACAACAUCAAGUCCGUUGCACCUUUUGUUUCUGGAAGCCACCAAGAUGACUCUGAAAAGCCUGCCAAGACUUUCCAUAAACUGCAGAUCUCCAAGGAAUUGGUGGAGACUUUGGAGCGCCUGAACAUCCUUCACCCUACCAGUGUGCAGCUGCAGACCAUUCCCAAGGUGAUGAGAGGUCACAACAUCCUGUGCGCGGCAGAGACGGGAAGUGGGAAAACGUUGAGUUAUUUGCUGCCGAUUGUCCACAAGUUACAGCAUGGAGAAGAGGGGGAUUCAAAAAUCCGUGCUUUGGUUCUGGUGCCUUCCAGGGAGCUUACUGAGCAGGUGGCGGCCGUGUCUAGAAGCCUGUGCAAUCCCUUGGGCUUCGUGACAAGGACUGUGGGUGGCGGGCGAGGUGUAGGGCACAUCAAGAGCGUUCUCAAGCAAAGCGUUCCGCAUAUUUUAGUGGCGACGCCGGGGGCUCUGGUCAAGGCCUUGAGGAGACGCUACCUGGACUUGAGUGAGCUGAACUUCUUGGUGGUGGAUGAAGCCGACACCAUGUUCGACCCGAGCUUUGCCGAGAUGCUGGAGGACAUUUUGCUCAGCGCCGAUAUUGCGAGACAUCCGAGGGACGUUCAAGGCCCCGCCCAGAAGGCGCAGCUGCUGCUGGUGGGCGCCACCUUCCCCGGCGGGGUCGGGGACGUCCUCAGCAGGGUGACCGACCUGGGCAACAUGGUGGUCAUCAAGAGCAGGAUGCUUCACUUCCUGAUGCCACACGUGAAGCAGACUUUCAUCAAGGUGAAAAGCGUCGAUAAGAUCUUGGAGCUCAACCAUUACCUGAAACUCCUCCAACAGGAACACGCAGGUGGCGCUGUUCUGGUGUUCUGCAACAAGUCGUCCACUGUCAACUGGCUGGGGUUCUCCCUGGAGGAGAUGGGGGUGAAUCACGCCCGCCUCCAGGGGGAGAUGCCGGCCUCCUUCCGCGCGGGUAUCUUCCAUAACUUCCAGAAGGGGACCGUGGACGUUCUCCUGUGCACCGACGUCGCCUCACGAGGCCUGGACACGUCUCGGGUGCGCUUGGUGGUGAAUUACGACUUCCCCGAGUCGCACACGGACUACAUCCACAGGGCCGGGCGGGUCGGGAGGGCCGGGGGGUUGGAAGGCGGCAAGGUGCUCAGCUUCGUCACGCAUCCCUGGGAGGUUGAUCUGGUGCAGAAGAUCGAGAUGGCAGCGCGUAAGAAGACUAGUUUGCCUGGUAUGGAGUCUCAAAUACGGGAGCCAAAACCGGAAAAAGUAGAGGUGGAACAACAAAUAUGAAAGGUGGUGGGAGAUGCAUUAAAAUACUGAUGAUAA